AGCCUGCGGGGAGACUGCUGCGGGAUUUCCCGCGAUUUCUCUAGCGCUCCGCAGGCCUUCUUGGGGCUCUGCAGGGGCGUGGAGGACAGGGAGGCUUUCCCUUGUUCCACUUUACCACCCCUACAGGGGGUCCAGGAGGACAGUUCCGGUCUGACAUAGGGGGACCCGGGAGGGAUUGGGAGGGCCUUCGGGAAGCCAGCGCCUCCCAGAACCGACCCCAUUCAUCGCCUCAGCGGCGCGGCCACAGGAUUUUGCUUCUGAGGUGCACGGUCUUUAGCUGCGAUCUAAGGCACCAUUAACCGCUCCCCAUGGUAUUUGCAGAGCUAAAUCUGUUAAAGAAAAGUACCCUCCCCACCCCAGGCACCAAGAGCUUGAGUCAAGUCUACUGGACUGGGGUGGAAGUCCCACGGAAGAGAUGGCAUCAGGAGAUUUCUGCUUACCUGGAGAGGGUAUGGAAUUACUCCAGCAAGUAUGCAGCAAACAGCUGCCACCUUGUAACCUGACUGAAGAAGACCUCUUGCAGAACCCUCAUUUUAGCAAGCUCCUGCUAAGUCUCUCUCAAUACAUGGAUGAGAGUGGUUUAAGCACCACCCUUGCAGAAGAGCAAGCUGAGGCAUGGAAGAAGGUCCGGCUGCAAAAGACAGCAUGGCUCAGGUCAGAGAUUCUGCAGAGACUUAUACAGGAAAUGCUUGUGGACUACUAUGUGAAGACACAGGAUACAAAUCUGACUCCAGAGGAUAAGAAGUUUCAUGAAUCCCUUGAGCAGAGGUUACUGGUGACUGAACUGACUCGACUUUUAGAUCCGAGCCAAAAGAAAGAGAUGCCAUCUUUGCUGGGCCUGGAAAAGUCAGACUUGCUAGAACUGAUGCCCCCUUCAGAGGAUUUUAUGAGAUUGAGGGAGUGUCUCCAGCCAAAAAUUGAGGAACAACUGAAGAAAAAGUGUUUCACUUUGCUUUGCUACCAUGAUCCCAAUUCAGAUUCUGAUAGUGAAACAUUGAAAGCAGCAAAGGUAUGGCAGCUGGCAGAUGUGCUGACAAGUGAGAAGCAGGAGAACCAGAAUGCUAAGAAACAGCAGAAGGAACAGACAGUGCUACUGGAAAAGCAGAGCUCCACCUAUUCUCAGGUGCUCCUCCGCUGUCUUUCACUGCUACAGAGGCUUCUUCAGGAACACCGACUAAAAACACAAUCGGAGCUGGAUCAGAUUAAUGCCCAGUACUUGGAGAUCAAGUGUAGUGCCAUGAUUCUGAAGCUAAGAAUGGAGGAGCUACAGAUUUUGUCAGACACUUACACAGCUGAGAAGGUAGAGGUUCAUCGCCUCAUUAGGGAUAGUCUGGAAGGGGCCAUUCGCCUACAGGAGCAAGACAUGGAGAAAUCACGCCAGAUCUUGAGCACUUAUGAGGUGCUCGGUGAGGAGUUUGACAAGCUGGUGAAGGAGUAUACCCAUUUGAAGCAGGCAACUGAGAAUAAGCGCUGGGCUCUUCAGGAGUUUAAUAAGUCUUAUCACUGAGUUUUGCAGAAACCAAGGACCUAGAUCCCUCUGCCUCAAGAGUACACAUUGUUCCUGUCUUGUUUCUCCUGUACAAAUAUUGCCUUUUCACUCUCCUUCACAAAAGGGGAAAUGAGGAGACACCACUCAUAGAGUAAUAACUCUGGUGGAUUAGGCAUUCUCCUAGUUUCUGUCCAGUGCUUGCAAUAACCUAGCCUCCUCCAAUUCCUCUCUAGAAACAGAUUUGUACAUCUUGUGGCCUCUUAAGAAAACCAGUCUUGUCUUUUGUCCAGUUGUUCCAUAAAUAAAAUGAUGAUAUGGUUUA